AUGGCUCGGUAUGGUACGGUUCGACAGUUUUUUGAAGCACAAAAAUUGUUUCUACCAGUUGUGGCCCGGUUUUCUAACGAGUCUUCUGCGAAGAUCAUUCAAACGGCACAUGAAUACAAUCAGGAAUUACGAUUAGAGAAUGAGCAUAUAGAAACAAAACGGUCUCGUUUAUUGUAUCAAAGCAAGAAGCGUGGUAUUCUGGAAAAUGAUAUAUUAUUGGGUGAAUUUGCGGACCAAAUGUUGCAAAAAAUGAGUUUGCAACAGAUGAAUAUUGGUAACGUUGUGAUGACGUUAUUGAUCAGUGUGUUUCCUAUUUCUGGAAUUCAAAUGAAUCCGGUUUCAAUCCCCAAAGGACAAAAACAUGGGAAUAUUGUUAUUGCUGCUGUCAUUUCAACGCCACUUCUGCCAGAUAAUGACGGUUUUGGUAUCUGUGAAUUAGAGGGUUUCGAUUUGAAUCCAACUGGUCCACUUGUACCAUGCAGUUUUCUUGACGAAAGGUGGAUUGAUUGCGAUGCUCCAGUGGAUUUAUCAUCAAUUCCUGAAGCUAACAAUACAAAGGUGGAUGGUGCAUGUGUUACAUGGGGUGGCACACGUUAUGAAAAUGUGGAACAAACAAAUGUAACCUGCCGAGUAUUGCCGUGCAUCGAAUGUCGUGGUCCACGUACCUUCUUGAGAAAAGUACCCUGCAUCAAAUAUACGGGUCAUUACUUUUUAUCAACACUGCUGUACUCAUUAUUUCUGGGGAUUUUGGCAGUAGAUCGUUUCUGUCUUGGCUAUUCAGCUAUAGCAGUUGGUAAACUGAUGACACUUGGUGGUUUGGGAUUAUGGUGGAUUGUUGAUAUAUUUUUGCUGAUCACGGGAAGUUUGUUGCCUGCGGAUGGAUCUAACUGGCAACCAUAUUAUUAA